AUGCCUCGUUCCAAGCGUGCCAGGAUCGUCCACGAGUCCAAGACUACCAAGAAAUCCCACAAGGAACAGACUAGACGCUUGUUCGCCAAUAUUCGCGAAUGUGUCGAGCAAUAUGACCAUCUCUUUGUUUUCUCUGUCGAUAACAUGCGGAACACAUACUUGAAGGAUGUGCGCACCGAAUUUGCUGACAGUCGUCUGUUCUUCGGCAAAACCAAGGUCAUGGCAGUUGCUCUUGGACACAACCCAGAGUCCGAAGCCGCAACAAAUCUGCACCGCCUCUCGCCUUACCUGACCGGUGCUGUCGGUCUGCUUUUCACCUCGAGAGAACCCCAGUCUGUUAUCGACUACUUUAACUCAUUCCGCCCCGCCGACUUUGCCCGUGCUGGUAUGGUCAGCCCCCGCGAUUUCACCAUCCCCAACGGUCUGGUCUACUCGCGUGCCGGCGAGAUCCCAACAUCCGACGAUGAGCCAAUCAGCCACACCAUUGAGCCCGAAUUGCGCAAAUUGGGUGUUCCCACCCGCCUGGUGAAGGGCAAGGUCAUGCUCGAGUUGACGGAAGGAAACGAAGGCUACCCGGUCUGCAAAGAGGGCGAGACCCUGGAUUCGCGACAGACGACUUUGUUGAAGAUGUUUGGUGUUGUUACCGCCGAGUUCCACGUCGAUGUCAAGGCAUACUGGACUCGGAGUACCGGAGAGAUUAAGAUUCUCGACCAAAGUCAAGCAGGAAUGGAGGUUGAUGGACAGUAA